AACCCAAUAUGGACCGCAACAAACCUCCCGACCCUGAACCGCCUGACAUCUCUUUUGCUCCGCCAUCCCCCAAUUACCCACUUUCCCAAUUCGCAGAUGUUGCUUGCAGCAUCGCGGAGUCCCAAAUCCCUUCCCAUUCCGAAUCCCAAUCCUCAUCUAACCAGAACGGUAGGAAACGUUCUGGAGAAGAUAACAAUGCGUACAAACCGGCUAAGCAGCAGAGAAAUCAAAUAGGUCGCAGUAGAUACUCUGCCACUGAUAAAGCUCCAUUCAUUGUCCAUGUCUCACGCUUGGAGUCCCAGCCUAAUGCAGCAAUUCCCACAUUUAACAUAACCCGUAUGGGUGUUGUUACUGGUGUUCCUACCGACCUCACCGAAGAAGAAGCGAUGAACUACCUCACUGUGCCCUCUGGAUGUGGACGAAUACUCAAGUGCCGUCCUACUAACUCAACAAGUCCUACAAGAAGAGAAAGCAAUUUCUUUUUUUUUUUUUCUUAAGUUUUAUUUC